AUGUCGGAAGAAUCCCAAAUGGGAUUGCUCGUGGAUGAAACCCUAGGCUCACGUCGGGGCCGGUUUCCUCAAACUCGCUCGAAAGUUACAGAGCGAGAGCUCUUGCACUUCGUGACACAUCUGCUUGCGUUGCAUGCGUCGGGAGUGAGAGCUGUAGCCGUUAGAGCUUCGGUGCCAGUGCUUCGCGUUCUUUCAGCAAUGCCGGUGCGGCAUCUUUUGGAGGUUGCGCCACCAGAGCCGGCGCGGUAUGCUGUUGGAGCAGUGAUUAUGAUGCUGGGAGUAGUCCUCCCUGUGGGUUACAUGAUGUUCCGAACUAAGCGAGUGCCCUCAUCAUCCGGUUACUCCAAGCAGACCGAUUUUGUGGACCGUCAAAGAGGGGUGUGACCUACAAUAGGUCUGAAGCUGGUCAAUGAGAGGGACAAUAUCUUGUAUCUUGUGUUCGAGCAAUGAUGCGAUGAACAAGACAGGGCAGCAGGCAGACGUUGUGGCUUAUUUCCUCUUGGGAUUCUCAGUUUUACUGUUAUUUUUUAAUUACUUAGUUUCACACUUGCAUUGUUAAUCGACACCAAAUAUGCAUAAAAUAUACAGUUUAGGUUUAGCUUAGUGCCAUAAAGACAUUGAUAUCUGGUAUUGCUGUGUUUCAUUCUCAUUAUACGGCCCUCAUGACAAUCCAGUACUCAGAUCUGCGGGUGCGCUGUAGUGAGAUGAACCAACAGAUUCAGACUUGAGUAUUCUGAAUGUGUCAUGUCUUAACGAGAUUUGGUCUCGCCUUAAACAUCAUUGCUAUUAUUGGUCA